AUGGCAGGUAUCGGCCCCGCCACUAGUGUAAAGUAUAAUAUACAUAAUACGUCGGCUUUGCCUGAAUCUAAGGCUGGUGACCUACGGGAUUGGCUGCAGCUAAAUGUGGUAAUUCCCCCUAAAGACCCUAAAGACGGCCACGGCGAGCAGCUGGCGGCAGGGUACGGAGCAGAAACCUCCAUGACCAGCACCUAUCCCUCCCGUACUUCCUUUGCAGGUCCGUCUCAUUACGUCGCCGGGCCCAUCCAUGAUCCAACCGAGGCCAACCCUUCAUGCCAAUGCCUCGACGUCGUCGACGCAAUAGCUGACGACCCCUCUCCUUUCGCACCCCUGAAGAGGACCAGCCGCGAGAUUACACCUUCGACCCCUCACAAGCUACCGCCGCCUCAGCUUGACGAGCUGAAGCCCAUGGCUUUCGCCAGCAGGAAGGCCGUCCUAUCUGAGCUGCUGCAGUGCCAGUGA